UGCUCUCGGCACUCUCUCCAUCUUCAGCAUCUUUGUUUGGUGUGGGAAAAGGCUGUACUCCUCUGUCGGAAGGAGGCAUACCUUGUAUGUAGCAGCAUAGCAGGAUGGACAAGAAACAAAACCUAGAAAACCCAUUCAUUGUAUGCUCUUACUCAGAGAGGAAAUCUGAUCUGCUACCGCACGGAAACUUCAGCGGUGACCAUGGCUAGACAAAUUCCCUAGGGAGCUGCCUGUUUUGAAGCCAAGAAUUCAUGAUAUGAUCCAGCUGGUUUAUAGAUCAGCAACCACCUUGUGAAUAAUGGUUGAAAACGGAUCCCACCUGGACAAUGAAACACUUGCAAUGCUCCAGAAUAGAGCUAUCUCCAUCACCCUCCCAGUGGUGUAUACACUGGUGGCUAUCAUCAGUAUCCCCGGCAAUUUGUUCUCCCUUUGGGUGCUCUGCUUGCAUAUCAAACCCAAAACACCUUCUGUUAUCUUCAUGAUCAACCUGAGCAUCACUGACCUCAUGCUGGCCUUCUGCUUUCCCUUCCAAAUAUCUUAUCACACCCAGAGCAAUCAUUGGAUCUUUGGCAAGCUUCUUUGCAGCCUUGUGACUGUGAUGUUCUACUCCAACAUGUAUUCUUCCAUUCUGACCAUGACCUGUAUCAGCAUUGAGCGGUACAUGGGGGUGGUAUAUCCCAUGAAGUUGGUCAAGUGGAGAAGAAAAAGAUAUGCCUUCGGUGCCUGUAUGGUAAUGUGGCUUUUCUUGCUACUAGCUUUCUAUCCAUUGGAAAGCACUGAUCUGACCUAUGAAGUGAAGGAAUUGGGGAUUAUAACCUGUUUUGACGUUCUCAAGUGGGAUAUGCUGCCCAACUUUGCAGCCUGGGUGGCCUUUCUCCUCACGCUAUUUGUUGUGCUCUUCCUGAUCCCUUUCAUUGUAACAGUUGGAUGCUACAUCGGCAUCAUUCGGAAGCUUAUUCAGACAUCAAACAGAUAUGGUAACAGGCAGAAGACUAGAUCCAUAUACCUGGCGAUUAUAGUCCUUUCGGUGUUCGUCACUUGCUUUGCCCCCAAUAACUUCAUCCUACUUGCGCAUAUGAUCGUCCGCCUGUUUUACGAGAGGAGUUUGUACCCUGCCUACAAGCUCACCUUGUGCCUCAGUUGCCUCAACAACUGCAUAGAUCCCUUCAUUUACUACUUUGCCUCUAAAGAAUUCUACCAGAAAUUGAUGCAAGUGUUUCGCCCUAAAGUACUGCUCAGUGACAGCUUGGAAAACAGAAGGGAAAGCUUAUUUUCUGGCAGGACCAUGUCAGCCAGGUCGAUGUCAAGUGGACCUAUGGAUGGGUUAGAGGGAGUAACGGUCUAUUUGCAAAGGCAGGAAAGUGUUUUCUAGCCUUAGACUUCUCCAGCAGAAAGGCACCUGUGAGCUCCAUGAGUAAAGGCAGAAAAUAUUUCUUUUUGAAUGUCUACCCUCAAAGUAACAUGCUCUAGCGACAGAAGUCAAACCAUAUGCAUAUUGUGCAUGCUACUUGAGUAAGUGACUAUUUUCUGCUAAGAAGUGGAAGCACAAAAGGAACUGAGUUUAUUCAAAAAGCCCCUGAAGCAAACCCAGUGUAGAUAAGGGUUGGCCUGGAAUUAGUCCAAGACAUAAGUUUAGAACAAGAAUUACUUUCAAGUUGUAUAAUCUCAGCAUUACCCAAUGCUUGAGAUCCUCAGUGAAUGUGAAAUAUUACUGUAUAUGAGUUAUAGCAUACAUUGAAAUGAGAUUUUGGGAAGGGGAGUUAUUUUUCUAAGCAAUGUGCUGUUUGUUUUUUUGGGGGAGGGGGAGGGUGGGGGUUAUUUUUUUUAAUGUAUUGCUUUACUGUUCGGUUGCAUUUCUAUAAAUGAGUAAACAUAGCUUGUCAUUUUACCAUCAAUGCAUAAUGCAUAGCCACUGUGAAUUCACCGCAACACUCACCCAUUUAUCUGAAUCAAACCACACUAACCUUUGAAAAGGUUAGAUUGAGUGAUAAUAUUUAUUUCAGUUUUAUACAGCAAAAUAUCUCAUGCUAUGAAAGAAAAUCUACCAUUUCUUUCUAGUUCUAAGCUAGUUUUACCUAGAAGUAACAGUGUUUGAGACCACUUCAGACCACUUCAGCUGCUGCAUAUUUUCAUUACCUGGAGGUAUUAAUUUCUCAGGAUAGUGGGCAGAAAUUGGUUUAAGAAAGCAGGUUUCCCACAUUGACCUACUACAGUAAUAAUGAUUCUGGUGUUAGAUUGGUAUCAACAAGUCAUUUUCACCAACUCAGUAUAGACCGUAUGUGGAAGCACCACCCCCCUCAGCAGACAAUUUAGCUUUACAUAGUGUGAGGAUAUACAUAUCUUCCUUGUGGUACUGGUGUGGAUUAUUAAUCAGACCUUCUGCAGGAUAUAUGAGAAUUUGACCACAGUGAUUCUGUGACAGCAGAAGUUGUCUGAAAACCCACUCCUAUGGCCAGAUAUUAGAAAUGUACUUCUUUCAAACAGGCAAAUAGAAAGCAGAAAAAAAAAAAAAAAAAAAAAAAAAAAAAAAUGAAAACAAGGCUUGAUAGUGGGAGAGGUACCAAGUAUCCUGGGAAGAGGCUGUAACUACAAUCAGGUUGACAGUGCAGUCCUGUGCUUGGGAUUUCUCUCGGAAAUAUCCUUCUCUGGCUUGUUUGCAUAUAUUGUGUGAUGUUUUUCUUCUCACAUCUCAGCAACUGCCUGGGCGCUUGAAAAGACAACUGCUACAGAAUACACCCUGGGGACAGAGAAAGACAAAGUUUUUCCUGUGGGCUUUUUACCUACCUUUGGCUCUCAGGAGAGUAAAGAACCCCAAAACCCACCUGACAGGGCCAGACAAGCUUCCCCUCACCAGCAAGAUGAAGCUGUUUGUUUCCUUUUGCUACACUGCAACUGGAUGGUGCUACAUUGGUGAGCUGGAGGCUUUCUUUGACAUUGUGAAUAGUUGAUUCAGACACCACAUUGUGUCUCCCUUGAGCAGUAGCUGCCAGCUGUACUGAUUUCUGAGCUCCUGCAGCUACAUAGCUAAGUAAAAGACAUCACUAAUGGUUCCUACUAUCUAUUUGGCUCCCUCUUUUUUUUUUUUUUUUUUUUUUUUUUUUUUUUUUUAUGAUUUAAAGCCAUUUUUCUACCACUAAUUCACCAUGAAUUUCAUCGCUGUAGAGGCUGGAUACCCACAAAUUCCAUUGUGAGAUAUUUGUACAUCCUACCCUCUGCUAAAGUAUCAUCAGUAUUGGUGCAGGAUAAAACUGGGUGGACCUAGUGCUACCUUUCAAAAGCCAUCUGAGGUGUUUUGCGCAUUUCAUAGCAUUAGCUUUAAGUGAUCUGCACAUUUUCUGCCCAUCAGGUCAGCUUUAGCCACAAGUAGCCCAUCAAAACACUUGCCCAUCAAACUUCAUGGAAGCUAUGCUGCAUUACUGAAUGUGUGCCAGAUGUGGUGAGAUGGGCUUGGAACUACAAAUCACCUCACAGAUUCUGAAAGAGAAGAGCCUAUGCAAGUCAGAGGCUCUGAGCUCCCAUGUCAGCUCUAGAACAUCCUCCAAAAUACCUGCUUGCACCAGGAUCUGAGCUUCUGGCAGGAAAUGUGAGUUGUUAGUUUGGGUAGGCAUGAGAUAACAGAUUACUGCUUCCUUGAAAGACAAGAUCCAGGACAGAGGAGGAGGUAAAAGGAAAAAGGAUAACUUUAUGUGUCUAAAGCAAAAACUAACCAACCAACCAACCAAAACAAACAAACAAAAAAAUACUGCUUGCUUGCUUGGGACUUCAGUGUCCAAGUCCAGCUCAUUCAGGGCCAUUUUCUUUGAUUGUGCCCCACACAGUUGCCUGUUCUACCCCUCCAAAGAAAGAAAUAAUGUUAAUAAAAAGAAAUACAAAAUAUUCCACAGUGCUUCCAAAAGCAUUACAUGAAUUUCAGUAGCUUGGAUAUGUGCCUCUGUUUGCCUACACUGUCUGAAAAAAAUCACAGGCUGGGAUUUUCCUGAGUUGUCCCAUAUCCAUCAGGUGGAAAUUCAGUUAGUUUAUUUAUGUUUUGCAAACCUGUGUAUUAACUUAGCAGUGCUUUGCUUUGUCUGGCUGUUCAAAUCUCCCCUUUCAUAGAACUCCAGCUUUCUCACUACCAAAACUGUUUUUGGUAUUUUAUGGUGUCAGAAACUGUUUUGGAGGUUAUACUAAAAUCCCAUUCUCUCACCUUUUUCAGCUUUUUUUUUUUUUUUUCUUUUUUUCUUCUGCAAAUAUUCUUCUUUGUUACUUCCCCUAUCUUUAAUGCAGAUUUUCAUUCUGCUUUAUUUUGAACCUAAUCUUCAAGCAUUUAGUGCAUCCUGAAAUGUGCUGAAACAUGCCUCAACUGUAACUGACGUCAGAGCUGAAAAAGCAGAGAUUUUGCACUUUGGACAUCAGCAACUAUAUUUUGAAAAAUACUGAAUUGCUCCUUUUGCAACUGAUAAAAGAUGCUCACAACUGACUGAAAAUUUUCUCUCCAGCCUCACACAGCUCUCCACAGCACUUAAUUCCUUUUUCAAUGGUGCCUAAAAAGGAUGUCCCAUUCUUUGCACCAUUGUAUAAGCUAGUCUCAAAUUAGCUCAGAUGAGGCAAAAUUCCAGUCUGUGUUAGUGGGAUUGUUCCUUGAGAAAGAAAUACAAUCUUUGAUUGCUUCUUCCAGAUAUCUUUUGAGUCUGAUGGUAUAUACUGUGAAGUUUUGGAGGGGUGUUUUACGAGAGGAGGAGAAAAAAAUAUUUUUUAAAAGUAGCCCAGUUAACUUUUCUUCAACACUUGAAACAUGUCCUCAUGGGACACCAUGAGGUCGCAAGACUGCUACCCUCCUUGUUCAGUGGAUGUGAGCUUAAAUGCAUUUAUAAAUAUAAACAUACAUAUAAACAUACACAUAAAUGGAGGUUGCCAUUUGAGAGGUUAUCAAAAAGCUCUUGUCUGUACUGCCUUCAGUUUGGGAAAUGUGGGUUCUGUAUGACAUGCAUACUUGAUUGCCUUUGUGGUAGUAGUUUUACUGAGAAGACACAAAUGUACAGGCUUCUGUUCUGUUUUUGUUGGUGGUGGUUGUUUAUAUAUAUAUAUAUAUUAUUUGUGUAACAAUUUAACCUAUGAAUGUCCUUUGACUUUUGUACAUAAAAAAACAAAGAAAGAAACCAUGAAAAGGAAAGAAUUUAAGAUUUAAGAUUUGUUUGCACCUGUCAUGUGUGAGCUAUUUCCCAGCUUAGAACAGGGCAGAGAGAUCAAGUUAUACAAUAAAAUGAAUCGAUUUUCCAUUGCUA